AUGGCUGGUCGAUACGAAUCAUUAGACCAGGCUGUUGCUGCCUUGAGCAUGGUCGGCCUUGGCUUGAAUUACCAGGAUCAAAGGCUGAGAUUGGAGGGAAUUAAGACUUAUGGAAGGGCGCUCGAUGGUAUGAAGCAAAUCAUUGGCCGGGGGGGACUGCUAUACCAAGAACAAACUCUUGCUACAAGUCUUGUCAUGCUGAAAUUUGAAUUGUUCGAGACGUCUGGAGAAAGUAGUCAUGGAUGGAAAAGUCAUACCAACGGCCCCUCCCAGCUCAUUCAACUUCGAGGACCCAUGUUACACUCUAGUUCUUUGAGUCACCAGCUCUUCUUAGGGCUCCGACCAAGUGUGGUGAGUUCUUCUUGCUUGCAGUAG